CCACCAUUCUCUCUCCCAUCUCCGCUCCUCCUCCGCCGCCGCCGCCGCCGCCGCCCUCACGAACCCGAUGGCCUCCCCGGCGCCGGCGCCGCCCGCGGCCUCCGCGGCGGGGGCGUCGCCUACCCCGCGCAUCGGCCUCGCGGGGCUCGCCACCAUGGGCCAGAACCUCGCCCUCAACAUCGCCGAGAAGGGGUUCCCGAUCUCCGUCUACAACCGCACCGCCGCCAAGGUCGACGCCACGGUGUCCCGCGCCGCGGAGGAGGGAGACCUCCCCGUGCUCGGCCACCGCGACCCGCGGGGCUUCGUGCUCUCCCUCGCGCGGCCCCGCACCGUGGUGCUGCUCGUCCAGGCCGGGCGCGCCGUCGACGCCACCAUCGACGCGCUCGCCCCCUACCUCGACGCCGGGGACGCCAUCGUCGACGGCGGGAACGAGUGGUACCAGAACACCGAGCGCCGGAUCGAGGAGGCCGCCUCGCGCGGGAUACUCUACCUCGGGAUGGGGGUCUCCGGCGGCGAGGAGGGCGCGCGGAACGGGCCCUCGCUCAUGCCGGGGGGCCACGUCGACGCCUACAACAACAUCAGGGACAUCCUCGAGAAGGCCGCCGCGCAGACGGAGGACGGGGCCUGCGUCACCUUCGUCGGCCCCGGCGGCGCCGGCAACUUCGUCAAGAUGGUGCACAACGGGAUCGAGUACGGCGAUAUGCAGCUCAUCGCCGAGGCCUAUGACGUGCUCCGCCGCGUCGGGGGACUGUCCAACUCCGAGAUCGCCGACGUUUUCGCGGAGUGGAACAAGGGGGAGCUGGAGAGUUUCUUGGUUGAAAUUACCGCUGAUAUAUUCACGGUGGCUGACCCGCUUGACGCCAGCGGCGGUGGGGGGCUGGUGGACAAGAUUCUUGACAAGACGGGGAUGAAGGGAACUGGGAAGUGGACGGUGCAGCAGGCGGCAGAGCUCGCGGUGGCUGCACCCACGAUUGCGGCAUCGCUUGAUGGGAGGUACUUGUCCGGGUUGAAGGACGAGCGUGUAGCAGCCGCGGGGGUGCUGGAGGCGGAGGGGAUGCCAUCAGGCCUACUUGAGACGAUUAAUGUUGAUAAGAAGGUGCUAGUGGACAGGGUGAGGCAAGCACUCUAUGCAUCAAAGAUUUGCAGCUACGCGCAGGGGAUGAACCUUCUGCGAGCAAAGAGUGUGGAGAAGGGGUGGAAUCUUAACCUUGCAGAGCUUGCAAGGAUUUGGAAGGGCGGAUGCAUUAUCCGCGCAAAGUUUCUUGAUAGGAUCAAGAAGGCGUAUGACAGGAACCCUGAGCUGGCCAAUCUGAUCGUGGACAGGGAGUUUGCAAGGGAGAUGGUUCAACGGCAGAAUGCAUGGCGGUGGGUUGUGGCUCGUGCUGUGGAAGCUGGGAUCAGCACUCCAGGGAUGUCUGCUAGCCUUUCAUACUUCGACACCUACAGGUGUAGUCGGCUGCCUGCAAAUCUGAUCCAAGCACAGAGAGACUUGUUUGGAGCGCACACCUAUGAGCGCGUUGACCGCCCAGGUUCGUUCCACACAGAGUGGACUAAGCUGGCGAGAAAGAGCAAUGGUGCGGCCAUUUGAGGACUUGAAUGGUAUCAGUAACUCUAUGUGAUGUCUCUUUGUGGGUUCUCUUUGAAUUCACUAUUGUUGUCUUUAUGAUUCUAGAUCUGAAUUCUGUACUUCGAAUAAUGAUGUGUCAUGUGCGGUAUGCACAGAAGGAACAUUCAUGUAGCUUGCGCUUUUAUAUGGUCUAGGUGCACCCAGUUCAGUUUACUCAUAAAUUUGGAAUUCAAUGGUUUUACUCCUCAUCAAAUCCCUGUAAUUUUGAUCUGGACUGUGGCAAUAUAGCUAGUAAGAAAUGUGAUGUUU